GUUUUGAUAACAAGAAAUUUCGCCCAAAUACAGAAUCACACAUAAAAGGGUCACACAACUUUGGUACAUAGCAAAAAUCGAUAAAAUAUAAAUAAUAACUUUAACUAUUUACUCGGUAAUAAAAUGUGAUUGGGACUGUCGUGCUAUGUUUUGUAUAAUGCAUUAUUAUAUUGAUCAAAAAUUAAAAAAAAGUUCUUCAUUCUGUUAGGCAAAGGAAAUUACGCACAAAAGGACGAAUAUGCAUUCGGUUGGAAUACAUUCUGCUAUGGCUAUUAAGCGCCAGCGUAAAAGAAGAGAUGAACAGAAAAGAGCUCGAGAACGGAGGUAUAGCACUCAAAGCUCCGAGAGUGGCGAAACAUUCCAUUCACCCAGUGGGUCUGUGAGACGCAAAUAUCAUCACCAUCAUGCGGCCAAGCCUGGACCAGGAAUGCUUGACAGCCAGGUUGUCACCAGUAUUGGAAUGCUUCAUAUUGGUAUUGUGUUCAUUGUUUUUGGAGUUUUUCUUAUCGGGGCAGGAAUUAUUCCAGAUGAAACAAUGUCCUGGAAUGUGUUUAGCUCCAGCUCUGCGUGGUGGAAUGAGGUGACUUGCACAGGAUUAUUUUCCCUUGGACUUGGACUAUUUUUGUUAGUUUUGAAUUGCCUCAUAAGUAGAAAGGAAGAGGAGGAUCUCGAAGACUACGUACAACGGCAGCUUACUCGAUCACGUUCUGGGCACCGCCUUGAAAGAGAUGUUGAAACUGGUGUGCUAACCACGCGCCAUGCUCGCAAAGCUGUAGCCUUACAAAAAAGCGGCCGCAAUAACUCGCCCACAGAUGUCGCAGUCGUAAACUGCGCAUCUUCGGAUAACUUAUCUAACGGACCGAUAGUUGGACGUAAUUGUAUGAAUAACUCUGGUGAUAUACUUCUCGAAAAAAUUGUAGAGGAAGAUACUCCCUAUUUAAAUGACAGAAGUGCAGGAAUAUCGCCGAUUGAAAUAGAAAAUGAUACGAAACAGCUGUUAAGAAGGGAGUCUAUUACUGAUGCAAUCAAUAUAACACGAAUAUAGAACACUUACUUACUUAAUUUUUCCUUAUUUACACAGCUUAAAGAUACAUACCUAUGGCGUAUAAUCAACUGCAACAAUUUUUUAAAGACAUUUUAGCUAACUAUUGUUAUGGCCAUUAUACCCACGUGUAUGUCUAUAUUCAAUCAUACAUCCGUCAAAACAUUUAAAUGUUUGAAAAUACUAUAUUAUGACUUUAAG